UUCCACCAUGGAUCCCCGAUACUGGAGAACGUACAGAAAGACAAAUCUGGAGAGUACAAGGGCAUCAUCUAUGAUGCAGAAGGAAAGUUAAGAAAGGAAACUGUACAACAGCUCUGUGUUCUGGAGCCAGUGCCUGAACCUACAGUCAUGGUUGAGUGUGUAGAAAAAGGAGUAAAUCUGACUUGUAGUCCAAUGAGCAAAACUGAGGUUGUGUCCUGGAUGAAAAAUGGCAUUAAGACUAAUGCAACUCAUGCCUUUUUACAUGUCAUUUCAUCUGAGCUCAAAUCUGGAGAUAAUUUCUCAUGCACAGUCAGCAACCAGAUAAGCAAGAUGUCAGCAAAAGAAGUUAAGCCAGUUUGCUCUGACACAGAUCUACAUGCAACAACUGCCAAUGACGAUAAAGAAAAAGAAGUGAACAGCAAGAGUGGAAAUGAACAAAAUAAAGAUUUGUCUGAGAAGAGAUUUCUAUUUGGCUUGGAUUUAUGGUGGAUGCUGGUGAUCCUGACAGGGGGAGGAAGUUUCCUCCUCAUACUCUUCAUCAUCUGCCUUGUCUGUGUCUGCCGCUGCUGCAGACGAAACAAGAGGAAGGCAAAAGAGGAAGAAGAGUACCGGCUUACAUCUCUAAUGCCAGAUCACACAAAUCCGCCUGAUGAGCAGUACAUGCAAACCACAUCGGAGAGGUCUUCUAAAAGCAAGCGUCCUCUUCCACCCUUACCCAGCCCCCAAGGUCCUCCUUGCGUUGGACCCCCAUAAGAGAACAACCUGGCCUCCCAGAGACAUUGAGACCAAGACCAAGACCAAUGCUGAAUAGAAUAUUGUUUAUAAUAUAUAUAUAUAUAUAUAUAUAUUGGUCACAAAAGUUAGAAAAAAUUAAGUAAUAAUUUAAUAAUAAAAAUAAUAAAUAAAAUAAUAUAUUUUUUUGAGUCUCUUAAGCUCAGCAAUGCGGCACACCAAUAAAUGUAUCACAAAAAAAUAUUAAGCAACAAAAAGUUUUCCACAUUGAUAAUAAUAAGAGCCAUUAUUCAUAACCGAUCACCAAUACUAAUUGAUAAUAAUGGACAGCAAAUCAGCAUAUUAGAAUGAUUUCUGAAGGAUCAUGUGACACUUUAUACUGGAGUAA